AUGGCAGGCAUGCUAAGGGCCCGCCGCCUCGACGGCUACGACGACGACGCCACGGUCGACGGGGCAGCCCUGCUUCAUGAUGAGAGUGAGAAACCAUUGCUGACGUCCAUGAUGCAUCUGGGAAGAUGGCCGCUCGAGGUCGCGCCGACGGUCUGCGUCCAGCUCUUCGACAAACGGAGGAUAAGGUGCUGGCGCGCGGAUUCUGUGGAGGGCCUCGCGCCGCGGCCCGACGGUGAGAUAGAAGCGGACGGCGUGAUCACGGCCACAAAAAUCGAGAAGUCUCGGGUGGACCGCGCCUACUCCGUCUCGGACGUGACAUUAACGGUGGCUGGCGCGGCGCAGCCGUUGAAGCUCUGGCUGCCGCGGCGCGCGUGUUUAAGACGGCGCUGGGAGGCAUUACUAAGGAACGACAUCUUUUCGCGCUCCAAGAAGCGCCUGGCGACCGAAGCGCGCGUCGCUGCCGCCGCGGAAGCCUUCGCCACGGGCGGGCCGCCUCCCGGCCACACGCGCCACCGCGACGCGGAGAGCGGCCGCGAAUAUGAUGUUGAUGAAACGGGUGCGACGACCUGGGUCGCCGGUGAAGUGGCCGCGACGCAACCGCCGUCAUCGAACGCGUUGGCCCUGGCCUGGCUCCUGCAACGAGCGUUGGGCGACGAGGUCGACGCCGUCUUUUCGGGUGAGGGCGACGCGCCGGUGCUGCGGGGCGCGCUGGCCGAGAUGAAGCGGUGCCCCCUCGUCCCCGAGGAGGCCGUCGACGCGGGCCUGCAGGAAAUCCCGAAGCUGCUGAAGAAGGCCGAGGCCGUGGCCGGGAGUUCCAAUGAAGAGGACGGCGCGCGGCACCACCUCGUGCAGUUCGUCGCGCGGCCCGUGUUUUAUCUGGCGACGCGCGAGGCCGUGGGCGACGACGCGUCGUUGGAAGCGGCGCUGCGCAAGGCUUGUGGUUCGGCCGCGGACGCGUUAUCGAAGGGGAAAUUCACAGCUUUAGAAGUGCUGCGGUCCGGCUCGAACGUCGACGAGCUGCCCGAGGAACUAAGGCAUGUGAUCGCGGCGGCGCGGCCUUUGUUACUGCGGAGGGUGGGAAGGACCCUCACGCCGCGGACGGACGCCCUGCGCAAUUCCCAGAAAGCGUACGACGCCGUGCCGCGGCACACGCUCGCGACGGCGUUGCGCGCGGGCGUCGUGCCCAACUCGUCGAGCUUCGUGGGCGGGCUGGCGGAGCUCAUGGCGCGGCGGAAACUCACGCGGGGCGGCUCGGAGACGGUCGCGCAGGCUUUGGCGCGCGCGCGGCUCGGGCUGGAUAGCUUGCCGGACGACCUCAGGGACACGCCCGAAAACGAGCUGGGCGACGACCACGCGGCGCAGGUCGAGUUGUACCGAAGACGCGCCGAGGCUUUGGUUGAGGCGUAUGGGGACGACGCUUACGCGGACUUUGUCUGCAACACGUACCCGGCGCUCUUCGAGCCGCUCGCGUCCAUCAUCACGGCGUCAGAAGUGAAAGCGGCGGAUGCGCUGGACGAGCUUUUUGGAGCGUGGGGCGACGCGCUGGCCGCGGCCGAGGAUCCGAUGGUGACGGAUAGCGAUCGGGCCUUUGUGUGGGACGACUCGGUCGGUACAAUACUGGAUGCGCUCGUCGCGGUGGCGCACCGGGCGGCCGAGGCCGACGUGGACACGUGGCGCGCGCUCGGGAAUUGGUUGGAGCGGUUCGUGGACCGGCUCCGGCUGGACCUGGCCGUGGACUUGGAGAACGUGGCCGAGGACACGGCCAAGCUCGCCGCCGCGCACGCGUCGUCGGCGGGGGACUUCGCCGCGCUGGCGGCCUGCGACUGUCCCGCGCUCGAGGCCGCGCUGCCGGGCUUCGUCGAGGCGCUGCGGCGCGAGUGGGCGGCGCGGGAGCCGUCGGCGGCGCCGCGCGUCGUGGCGGCGCCGGCGGAGGCGCCCGACAAGCCCUCGAAUUUCUUUUCGGGGUUGUUCUCGCGGGGGAAGGGUUAG